AAAGUUACUGUUUCUCUCUGCCCAAUGGUGACUGAAUCAAGUGUCGUUUCUUCCGCUGUGGAGCCCAGUUCAACUGCCUCCUCUUCUGCCCAGUUGGCUCGGAUGAGAGCAGCGGCCCUGUGGAGCUCUGAGGAGGUAGUGAAGUGGCUGAAGAGGUAUGAGUCACGGCUGGCGGACAAGUACGCGGAGGUCUUCCUCGCCCAUGACGUCAACGGGGCCGCUCUCACCAGACUCAACGACAAGACACUCAAGGAGCUGGGCGUGGACUUGGAAUCGGAGCGGAGUCAAUUGAUGCACCAGAUUUAUAGACUAAAGAUCAAACAGGAGAUAUUUGACCUGCAGAGGGUCAUGUCAACAGUGCAGGAAAAGGAAAACAUGUCUCCUAAGAUAAACAAGUGAAGAUACGAAAGAUCAUGCGGUUGUAGACUGAACAGAAAUACAUUGCCUCGAAAUAGUGCCAAGUUUGACGAAUUAGUUGUGGCGUCAAACCAGGAAAGGCUAAAGGAUUGGAAAACUGACUGGUUGAAAAAACUCAUUCAGAAAAAAUUAUGCUUAUUCUGAGCGAACCAACUAUUUCAAAGAUAUGUACAGGGUAAAUGCAUUUGACAUUUGAUUUUAUU